AUGAAGGCUGCCUACACCGCCUAUCGAUGCCUCACCAAAGACCUAGAAGGCUGCGCCAUGAACCCGGAGCUGACAAUGGAAAGUCUGGGCACUUUGCACGGGCCGGCCGGCGGCGGCAGCGGCGGGGGCGGCGGCGGGGGCGGCGGGGGCGGCGGCGGGGGCCCGGGCCAUGAGCAGGAGCUGCUGGCCAGUCCCAGCCCCCACCACGCGGGCCGUGGCGCCGCUGGCUCGCUGCGGGGCCCGCCGCCGCCGCCGCCAACGGCGCACCAGGAGCUGGGCACCGCGGCAGCGGCAGCGGCGGCGGCGUCGCGCUCGGCCAUGGUCACUAGCAUGGCCUCGAUCCUGGACGGCGGUGACUACCGGCCCGAGCUCUCCAUCCCGCUCCAUCACGCCAUGAGCAUGUCCUGCGACUCGUCCCCGCCCGGCAUGGGCAUGAGCAACACCUAUACCACGCUGACGCCGCUCCAGCCUCUGCCGCCCAUCUCCACCGUGUCGGACAAGUUCCACCACCCGCACCCGCACCACCACCCGCACCACCACCACCACCACCACCACCAGCGCCUGUCGGGCAACGUCAGCGGCAGCUUCACUCUUAUGCGCGAUGAGCGCGGGCUCCCGGCCAUGAACAACCUCUACAGCCCCUACAAGGAGAUGCCAGGCAUGAGCCAGAGCCUGUCCCCUCUGGCUGCCACGCCGCUGGGCAACGGGCUAGGCGGCCUCCACAACGCGCAGCAGAGCUUGCCCAACUACGGGCCGCCGGGCCACGACAAAAUGCUAAGCCCCAACUUCGACGCGCACCACACUGCCAUGCUGACCCGCGGUGAGCAGCACCUGUCCCGCGGCUUGGGCACCCCGCCCGCGGCCAUGAUGUCGCACCUCAAUGGCCUGCACCACCCGAGCCACGCUCAGUCCCAUGGGCCCGUGCUGGCGCCCAGCCGCGAACGGCCACCCUCGUCCUCGUCGGGCUCGCAGGUGGCCACAUCGGGCCAGCUGGAGGAGAUCAACACCAAAGAGGUGGCCCAGCGCAUCACCGCAGAGCUGAAGCGCUACAGCAUCCCACAGGCGAUUUUCGCGCAGAGGGUGCUGUGCCGGUCUCAGGGGACACUCUCCGACCUGCUCCGGAACCCAAAACCGUGGAGUAAACUCAAAUCUGGCAGGGAGACCUUCCGCAGGAUGUGGAAGUGGCUGCAGGAGCCCGAGUUCCAGCGCAUGUCCGCCUUACGCCUGGCAGCGUGCAAACGCAAAGAGCAAGAACCUAACAAAGACAGGAACAAUUCCCAGAAGAAAUCCCGCCUGGUGUUCACCGACCUCCAACGCCGAACACUCUUCGCCAUCUUCAAGGAGAACAAACGUCCGUCCAAAGAGAUGCAGAUCACCAUUUCCCAGCAGCUGGGCCUGGAGCUCACGACUGUCAGCAACUUCUUCAUGAACGCCCGGCGUCGAAGCCUGGAGAAGUGGCAAGACGACCUGAGCACAGGGGGCUCCUCGUCCACCUCGAGCACUUGUACCAAAGCGUGAUGGAAGGACUCUCAGUUUGGCACAAGUCACCUCCAAGCGAGGACCACAGAUACCAAAAGAAAACACAAAGGAAAAAGACACCAGAUUCUUAGCUGGGGCCCUUCACUGGUGAUUUGAAAGCACAAUUCUCUUGAAAAGAAACUUCUAUUCUAGCUGUAAUCAUAGGCCAGGUGUUCUUUUGUUUGUUUGUUUUAAUGGCUAUGGAGUCCAAGUGCAAGCUGAAAAUUAAUCUCUUUGAACCAGUCAUUGUCCUCUGAGCAUGCUAAGCAUCCCAGAAACCCAAAUGGGGGACUUCCUGGAGCAAAUUAAUUUCAGUGUGGUGGCAACCAAGCUCAGGAUUGCUUAAAAGGUUAACAGUCCUGCUUUGGGUCCCGUCAGCUUCUUGCAGUCAGAUUUCCACAAGUAACAGUGGGAAUUUGGCCCAUGUAAGAACUCUGAGUUUGGGUUCCCAAGAUGCUGCAAUGAGGGAAGAAUCUAGCAACAAGAAUGACCUCAUUUGCUUUCCAAGUGCUUAGCCUCAUCAUACCACAGUACACAAAGUUCACAGCCAUAACAUAAAAAACAUCAGAAUGAUAAUUAUUGAGCACAAGUUUUAAAUAUGGAAGUCAAAAAAAAUAAAAAUCCAAGGACCUGUUUUUCCAACUCAGGCAUCUUUUCAUUGAAUGGUUUAGAAAGCUUUCAGUUGAUCCAGUUUACAGUUUUCUUUCCCUUACCUCCUGGAAAUCUCACGUGGUCUUGGAUCCAUCAAAAAAACAAAUCAGUGCACUUGAGCUCAAAGUAUCAAGCACAACAAAGAUAAAGAGAGAAGUCAGGAAGGUUCUGGAUUCAUCACAUCUGGAUUUUCAAGACGCCGAUUGUGAAGUCAUUAGGGAAUCGUUGGGAAUAUGGCUUCAAGCACAUUUUGCAGUUUGCUACAAAUUCUGUUUGUACAUAAUGCAGACGCACACUCAGGAGGCCAAUUUAACUGUUACGGUACAUGGAGCAAAUGCAGCAUUUUAAAAGAUCUACAUUUUUUUACAUCACUAAUGUAUCUUUCUUGGUUACUAGUCACCUGGUUCCUCCUAUUGUGCAUUCUUACCACCACAUAAUUCAUUUUCACUGUUUCAGAUUUAAGUUGUUCCCUCAUCCAUCCCAUUGGUAGGGAUCUUUUCAGUGUUUUCUAGCAAGAAAAAAAUGAAUAAUUCAAACCACCAUACAUGUUACUCAUGACUGUCAUCUAGUCCUAAGUCUCUUCCAUUGUUGAAUGAUCCUAGAAAAACAGCUGAAUAAAUCUGGAGAAAACACAGCACACCAAAGAAGCAGAAUACUGCAAACCAAAGACAUUUCUUACUUGCCAUUUUCUAGCCUAAAAAUACUGUGAUUACUUUUAGAAAUCAGAAAACCUCUGCAACUCCAAAUGGCAUUCAGCUCUUGCAUUCGGCUCUCCAUCAGGCAGAGCAGACUGGCUACACCAAGGACGUUAGCCAAGCCACCCAGGGAGUGGCUUUGCCACGUCAGCUCUGGUUCCUGGCUGUCACCUUCCCACAGCAAGCGGAAGAGUGCCCACAGGACUCUGGGAGAUUGCAAAGGUCACGAUGUGCAUAUUUACCAGUGAAUGGCCCCAGGUGGGCACCAUGGGGAUGUUCAAAGCAAGCCAAACACUGCAGUGAUUCUUUACGGACACUUGAGACUGACUUUUUUAUGAAUUACUUAAUCGAAACCAAAGAAACUUUUUCUGCACCUACUUCUGCAACAAACAAAACCGUCCCAUUAAAAUGAAUAAAUAACGAAAUACGUAAGUCAAUGAAAAUCACCACCAACAAGAAGGAAGCACGCCAGAAAAAAAAAAAAAAAACAGCGAGACACACUGUGUUCAAACAGACCUCUUGGGACAUUUUUUGGAAGCAGAUUCUAAAGAAAGGGUUGAGACAAGAAUAGAAAUAAGGAAAAGCCUCAGUGGCGGCUGCUUCAUUUGACAACUCACGCGGUAAUCUUAAAGUUGAAGAUUGUCUUUAAUUUGUGCCUAUGCAGUUUUCAAAAGAACACGGAACAGAGCAACAGAAACCUCAACAGCUACAAUACCAAAGAUGAGGAUUUCUCACACCUCUUGUUUCAGUUCGUUAUCUCCUCUUGCCUGGCUAAAAUACUAAUAGCGCCAUUGAUCUGUGUAAAGGUAAUCAAUUUUGUUUCUGAGCAACAAAAGGAAAGGGUCAUUUAUUUGAUUUUAUUGUUUCCCUUUAAUUUUGUUUUAUGGCUUUCUACCCUAACAUGGAAUCUUUCAAAGGAUUCCAUGGACUCCAAGUUUAAGAUGUUGGGAUACUGAAUGAUUCUCUUCUCUCUGCUUUGCAGAGUGCGAGGAAUAAUACUGUCACUUGAAUGUUCUUUGCUUAUCCCUUAGACUUGGUUGCUUCUCUGUUCAGAGUCUCAUCAUCAGGGGAGGGAAGGGGAGUGAGGGUUAGGGUCAGGGGUCUUGGUGACACAUCCUCUCCCAAGCCACAGAACCAAAGAGUUUAUAGAGGAAUGGACAGCCUCAUUUUCGUGUGAUUGCUACAUCUAACAGGGCUUCAUUUGAGGGUGGGGGAAACAUGUAAAAAUAAUUGCCAGUUUCUACUUUUCUAUUAGCUUUUUAAAAAUCAGCUGUAAAGUUGCAUUUCUAAAGAAAGAUAUAUAUAUAAUAUAGGAAUACAUAUAUAGAUUCAACUUGACAUUGGUGAUAACCCAAAAUUAUUGCUAUCCAAAUUCAUGUCUUGUUUUUGUCAAGUGCUUUGUUUAUUAAGUAUUCAGUUCAGAAUUUUGCUCAUCUCUAAUCAUGCCAUCCCAGAGUUCAUUUGCCGCUGUGGAUGAUUUGGAGUAUUCAGAUUUCUGUGAAAACUCCUGGGAAAGGUUGAAAGUCGAGUUCAAGCAUUUCAGCAUUUAACCUGUUGAUAAAUGGAUCUGUGGUGCAAAUGAGUUUUAUUUGUAUUUGGAGUCAUCUCUAUUCUAUCCCUCAACCAUGAUCAAGAUGGUGAGUAAGGUUCAUCCACCAGACCCCGAACAGAACUGGACCAGGGCCAGUGGCAGUGGGGUGCUCAUCUUCUGUAACUGCUGGGAAGGCUCAGUAGUCCAUUCCCACCAGUUAUGGAGAUGAAGCCAGCCCAGAAAUCUGUUAUCCAGGAGCUGCCCUGUCCCAUUAGGGUAUUCUAGAUCCCCCUCAGUAAGUCGAUCCACCAGAGGGAUUUCUCAUAGCGGAAGUCCAAGUCCUGUUGCAAUGGGUUGAUUAGGUUUCCUCAGGGUUGUAAUUACCAAUUCGUAUAGACAAGCCUGUGUGCAACCACAGCUGGCACUGGGGUGAGGCAGUGGUGCUGGGUGGGGAGAUGAUUCUCAAUCUUGGUGAAAAAAUGCAAAGCAGGGUUUGGGGAGAACCCGAGAGUCUUGCCCCUGGGAGUCCCGUUGUCCAUUGUGCUGCCUCCCUUCUCCCACCAUGUGGGUCUCUGUUUGCAGGGUAACUGCCAUGGAGCUGGGAAAGAAGGUGACUCUCUAUGGCUUCUGUAAUUCAUCCUACCUGGGGAUAUUCCUUGACUUUUCCCUUUGUCCCUUUGUCUCUUGCUCAUUCUGCGUGUCUGCUUUGUCAAAUGACCAAGAAAAGAGCAUAUUUCAGCAGGGAAAUGCUCCAAAAGGGUGGAUAAAAAUGAGUUUCAGCUUGGGUAUUUCUAAAUGAAUCCUUGUGACUUGUGGCCAAUGGAAAUGGUUGUUCUUCUUGAGAUUGAAUUAAGGAGCCAAACCUUCUUGGUUUGGUUAGUGGUUCUUUGACAUUUGGGUCUCUGGCAUCCCCUGGAGUUGUCUAAACCCAAAGAGGCUGCCUCUGUGGCCUGAGAUUUCAACACUGACCAAACCAGGUGUAGUCACAUAUGCCUUCAGUGCUCCUGGUGAUUUGAGGAAGAUCUCAUAAUGUAAAAAUUGCAAGAACUUCCCUCCAAGGACUUUUGACAAAUGUCUCAUACAAGAUAAUGUCACACCAGAGAGAAGUGCUUCCUUUUAAAAGAUGAUUCACAUACGUGUAUAAAUACAUAUGUGUAUCUAUAUAUUUAUGUAUCAAAAUUUUAAGCCCCACAGAAUUUCAACUUGUUAAAAAUAUGAAAGAAAAAAACCCCUUCAAGUUGAAAGGUAAUGGAAUUUGACCCAGUGAAUUUCCUCAAGCAUUGUUAAAACUUAUUUUAAGUUAAUAAUUUCAUAGAAAACUGUUUGGACUUGGUUAUAGUUUAGGAUCCAUUUUCUCAAUUCAAGAAGAAUUCCAGGCAUGCCUUAGCUAUCAGCAAUGAAAGUGUGAAGGGACAGUUCUCAACCAAAAUUCACAUUCUUGAGGCAACAGAAAUCCAAAUGCUAUUGAGUGGAAAAAUACUUUUCUUUAUUCCUUUAGGCAAAUAUGCUUGCUUUACUUUUGUUUUCCAUGUGAUUUUGUUAUGGGGGAUAUAAUUGUUUCAUUCUGGGAAAUUUUUUUAAAAAGAGCCAAUGUAUCUCUUUUUUAAAGGAAAACAGCAACAACAAUAAAAACUCAACCCCAAUAUGUAAAGGCUUUUCCAAAAUGUAAAAUAGCGUGUAGGUUGUACCACUUAAAGGUACAGGUGAGAAUGAGCCACAAAGGACCCAGCGUGACGCUUUCUCUGGAGAGAUCAGGGCAUCACUUCUGCAGCGUCUCUCUUCCCGCAGAGUCUUGGCAGUUGUGGGCUUAGGAAAAGCUAACUUUCAUUGCCAGCUAAAACCAAAUCAAAAUUAGGAAGGUAAAUCUGAUACAUAUACACAUACCAAUAUAUACACACACGUGCAUUUUUGUAAGUCAAGCAGUGUACUUCACAGCCAAAUAUAAAUACCUUUUAGAUGAUCAACCAUUUUACCUAAUCUGUACUGGGUGCCCACCUAUUUGUGCUAAUAAAUUAAAGUUGAGCAUAUUUAAAAAAAUAUAUAUCACUACCACUUGGGUAGGGGGGCACACCUUCCCACUUUUGAAAAUGCUGGUGGAAUUAUAGAAGUGUCUGAUUACCACUACCAAAGUGUCGUGACAAUAUACCUUUGCGGUGAACUCUGAUUUUUCACGAGGUUAUAUAGUAGGAAUUUUAAAAAAUAUAAAAAGAACUGUCUGAGCUCCAAUGUUGUUGAAGAAUAAUGUAUUAUAUUAAAAAGUAGAGAAAAUGAGAUGAUGCCUGUGUUCAAGGUUGACCUCAAGUGCUGUGAGGAUAACUGUCACGAUUCCUAACAGAUUGGAGCGGAUUUUUUUGUUGUUGUUGCUGAUGCUGUGUGGUGCAGAUCUGUUAGCCUGACCAGGAAGAGUGAGAGGGGAUAGAGCUGGUGUGCCUACAACUUUCUGGUAUUUACCUGCAAGACUGGAUAGCUUAAUAAUUUUGUACCUUUAGCUAAGCCCAAAUCACCUCUAAAACAACAGGAGGUUCUAGUUUUCAAAUAAGGCCACAAAAUCCUUACUAAAGGAAGAAGGGGCACCUGAGGUUGAUGUAUAACUCUCCUAAGUUAGUGACAUUGACUUUAAACAUGGAUGUCCCAAUGCCUAUUUUCUACCCAUGAUUUGUUUCUUUACAAGGGUAGGGGAAAAGGAAGGUUUGUUUAUUUGUUUCAGAAAGUCUCAGAAUAAGUUAUAAAAUACAAAAACAAUUAUUAAAAUAAUAUAGGGCCUCACAUAGGUGGAUACAAAAUUGACGCUGAUGGGCUAUUGGAUGAAUCCCACAGGGACCAGAAAUGCUUAUUGUUCUCAGACACCAAAAUGACUCUUGACAGUCCGAGGCAAGUCAAAGCUAGAGCCCAAGCUUUCCUUAUAGGUUUUUGAGUUUGGUUGACUGUAAUCAACCAGCUAAUACCUUUUUAGUGGAGAAAGUGUGUAUAGGAAAAACACUUUGCUACAGGUUUGUUCAUCCUGUGGAAGUCUUCCACUCUGCUCCAUCUUUAGCAGCAGGAUUUCACAUAGCAUCAACCUGGGUAGAUAAAUUUGCUUAAACCUUAUACAGUCGGUCAGCUUGGAUGUAUACAGAUUUAGAUACAUCUUUUCACAUGUAUUCUCAUAGAUGUCCUUAGCACACAUGGCCCAUGGGUGUCUAGACUGAGCACAGACACGUGUGCACAAACAUCUCCAUACAUACAUACUGUCAUCUGUUACAAUAAAUAAAUUUUAAGUGAUCAUUUAACAUGUAUGUGGUACUUCUGCAAUGUACAUUGUUUUCAUUAUUUAUUGUAACAUUGAAAACUAAAGUGCAGGAAAAAAAACAGUAUCCCAGCAUCUUCAUUGUGUACACUUGGAAUUCCUUUCAUUUGGGCACAUUCAAGAUAAACUCAACUUCCAAGUGGAUGGUAUGUAAUCAUCUGUGUAAGAUACACAUGCUUGAUGACUUCGGUUGAAUAGCUUUAUUCUGGAUCUCUCAUAACUAAAGCUAAAUCCAAAGACCUGAAAAAGGACCAAAAAAAAAAAAAAAUGGAAAUACAGAAAACAAAAAAAGAGAAAGAAGGAAGAAAAUAGCAAAGUAAAACGCAAAGUAAUAGGGGAAAAGUGGGCUCUGGUUUCCAGGGUUGAGACAAUGGUGAUGUGGUAUUGUGGGGGCUGCGCUAGCUAGAGUGGGGAAGUGGCGAUUUUUCUUUCAUGCUUGUCACAUCUAAAUGGCCUUGAGGAACAUGAGAAAGAGGUUAUAAUUUCCUGCUUUAUUUUCAUUUAGACUAUCAAAAGAGGUUAUCCAUUUUGUCCAUCAAACAAUGAAGACAGUCAAAAGAAACACUUUUUUCCUUGUCUCUUUGGGUUAUGACCCAACAAGCUAAGUACCAUUAAUGUAAUUAAUUUAUUUAAAUUAGUUUCUAGCACACAAAUGUAUAGGAUUUGGUAAUUAUUUAAUCAUUCUUCCUUAGUUUGACUUUGCUCCUUGUGCUUAUUUAUCAAAAUCUAGACCAAUGGUGCAUCAGAGAUGCAAAAUCCCUUUUAGAAUUCUCUUGAAGUUUAGUUUGCUUUAUAAAGCAGUGAAAUUCUGUUACAGACAGGGAAGAAAUACAGGUUACAACAAAAAUUGAGGUAUUUUUCCUUCUUGAAUUAACUUUUAAAAUAGCUUAAUAACAAUGAUUAAAUUAUUUAAUUUAAGUUCGCAACCCCACCAGGUACCAGGCGAACUUCCCCUUUUAAUUAUUGGGGCCCUCAGAGCCUUCCUAUUGUAACUUAUUUAUUUAACUUAUUCAGCACCUGAGAAAGGUGCGCUGUAUAGUUUAUAUUUUUUAUUUAAAACAACAGAGAGCACUGCCGUUCAUUUGCUGUCAGAACAACAGAGCAAAGUUGGUGGACGAGCGAUGACUGUUCAGCCCGAGCCUGUGCAUUCAGAAAACGGAAGCCGAGACCCCGCUUCACCAGCCUGGAUUUCGGGGCUUCUAUACAGAAACUGGAAAAAUAAAUUUUAAAAAAAUCGUAACAGCAAAAAGAGAGGAACCCUUAUACUAGCUGCUUCCAAGAAUGAACUCUGUGUGUGUGUAAAACAACAAAACAAAAAAGGAAAAAAAAAAAGCAGAAAAAAGAAAAAAAAGGAAAAACUUUCUAUUUCUAGUGAGAACCAAAGAAGGCUACCUCACUGACUUUUUCCAUUUGUAAUUUUAAUCGUGUUGAUGACACCAAAGAUACCAAAGAUUUCUUUCUCUGUGCGGUCUGCAUUUUGCUUAUGCUCUUUUAUAAUUUUAACUAUUCUCUCUGACAUAUGGUAUGUACAGCCACAGCUCAGAUACCCCAAAGAAAUAAUUAUAUAUGCGAUGGCGGCUGCUGAUUUGAAAAGGGA